AUGAAUGUUUUCAAUCCUCGCAUUAAUCUUGAUGCCAGCAUCCGCGAUGUGACGGGGUGUCUGUCUGACGUUCAAAAGGCUGACGUUCUUCUCCACGCUUUGCAGCAUUUGCCGUCCGAAGGGUUCCGAAUUGUCAUGGAAAAUGCUAUUCAGUCCUUUCUCCAAGUCUCAGGCGUUCCACCAGCAGAUGUCGCAAGAGCUCUUUUGUUACGUGCCAAAACCCGUUUAGCAGCUGGGUACCGAACUUCUGCACAACGAGAUUUGAUGUCCGUGUUGGGUUCAGAUCCUGCAAAUCAAGAUGUCAAAGCCACAAUACAAUCUGAGCAUUUACGACAAGAAAUGCUUAUCAGGGAACCUGACGAGAAAUUGCUCUGUCUUCCCAAACAUGAUCUCAAGUCUCUUUUACUGGUCCCACAUGCACUCUCUCGCAUUGCAAGUCAGCUUAUCUUCCGCGAGAUCGAUCUUCAUUCCACAGCAUCGCCUGGCACUGCCAGCGAAAACUUAAGCGUAUAUGCUGUUUCAGACACGUCACAUACAUUGGCGUUUCAGACUGGAAUGUUAAUUAACUCUUUGCCUAAGCUAUGCAACCUUCGCGGUGCGCAUUGUUCAGGCAACAGUGUAUUAAUCAAUCACAUACUUGAAACACUGUGUGCCACAAACCAUCAUCAAGUACGGAACAGCACAUCUACCCACGACUUUAUAUCACAGAGUCGUGACAACCAGCGCUCGCUGUCCAUCAAGAAUGCAAACUGGAAAUUCCCAACAGAUGCCAUCUCUGUCCGUUACUUAACGGUCAUAGAGUUUGAGGGCUGUUUUUCCGUAGACAGCCAGGUCUUCUCAGAGAUCUUGUCUACCGGCCACCAACUACAGUCACUAACGUUGUCGGGUAUUCUGGAAUGUACUCCAUCAGCAAUGUUCCGCCUGCAUAGGUCCUCGCUUCCUCUGCAUCGACAUGUCACAGACAGGGACCUCGUGCCUGCUAUCUCGGAAUUCUUGAGAGAUCGCAAGCAUCUCCAUUCCUUCCACCUCAUCGUGCCUAGCGGAGACCAUCGUCGCAUUGAUUUUGACGCGUCUGCUUGGGGUGUACUACCUUCUCUGACGAACCUCCGCAAUCUUUCUCCUUCGCUAGCAGUGUGGCUUAUUCCGUGGAGUGUUCGUGCGCUCACCAUGGAUAUUAUGGUACCGCCUGCAGAGGACCUUCUCCUUUUCAUAAACCAAUUGCGUCCGGGAGUCCCUCCCCUUCUCACGUUCAUUGGUAUGACAAACUUUCCGAUACGUUCCGUCAUCAACGUGAUCGACCAGGGCUUUUCCAACGUGCGGCUUGUGCGUAUUGAAGACAAUGUCUGGAGUAUGGAGCAAUGGCCAUAUCGAAGGAUAAAGUACCACUCGGCAGUGUGGUUGGAGUUCCUCGGGUGCGAAGAUGCAAUAUGGCACCUGGUAUGCGCAAAAUCUGAGGAAUAG